AAAAACCCUGUGUGUGUGUUUAUAAAUAAUACAAACAUACUUUAAAUACAUAAUAAUGUAUUUAGAUGGCUGAUUUUGGUAGAAUCUUUUGUAUAAUUUGGGUAACAUGUUUAGACCUAAUAUUUCUAUCAAAAAUUACAGUUGCAGAAAAUAUCGAGUUGUAUAAGAAUAUACCUUGUAAUCAGUUGCCUUUAACAAAAAUUAAUUGUUCUUACAAACGUGACUGUGUUUACGGCGACAAAACAGUUGGAAAUUGCACUGUUCUCUCUAAUACACAUUGCUUGGGUGAUAAAGCAUUCCAGUUGUUAGAAGUUCCUUGUUCUUACUGUUAUCAACUUCCUAAGGAAGCACACGAUUGUGAAUUACCUGUACAUUGUAAGAGUACUUUACCAAAACCUGUUGUUGUCAAGUGUUUCAUUAGUGAUUAUCAGCAUUGUUUAGGUAGUCGUAGUUUUUUAAAAUCUGUAAAGUGCAAUUGGAAAUCAGGUUAUCACUGGUCUACUGCUUUUGCAUUAAGCGUGACACUAGGUGGUUUUGGCGUAGAUCGAUUUUACCUUGGUUAUUGGAAAGAAGGGCUCGGUAAACUUUUUAGUUUCGGUGGCCUUGGUGUUUGGACUCUAAUUGAUAUUGUUUUAAUUGGUGUUGGUUACAUUAAACCUGAAGAUGGUUCGUUGUAUGUUUUUUAAAAUAGUUUUUGUAGUAUAUACCAUCAUGGUUUUUGAAAAAAAUGUUAUCAGUAAUAACGUUGUAGAGCUGAAGCGUGAUGAGGAUAGUGAUCUUAAGCGUGACGAAGAUAGUGAAAUAAAGCGUAAUGGAGGGAGUGAUAUGCAGCAUGAUGGGGGGAGCGAUUUGAAUCACGACAAGAAAAGUGGUCAGAAUCUUGAUGAAAGAAAUUUUAAAGUCGAAGGUGACGUUGUAAGUAACAAAACUAAUGAAACUUUAAUGGAUGGUAAAAUGAUUAUUGAGUCAAUAAACAAAAUAGAAUUUGAAAUAAUUAAACGGUAUAUGGAACUAGAAGAUAUAGAAGGAGAUGUUACAAACAAGCAAAA